AAAUACCAAUACGACAUCAUCAUCUGUGUUCCACUCUUCCUUUUUUCUUAUUGUGUGUUCCAAAGCACUCUUCCUUUUUUCUUAUUGUGUGUUCCAAAGCCAAACUUUCUCCGUCUACUUAAUCGACUAUUUACCUUAUAAGCUAAAUGGUCAUUAAGAUCCCUUGUACUUUCAUUAAACUCAUUCCCCUCAUCUCCUUAAUCCUCUAUUUCCUCGCAACGGCAACGUCUAAUUCUUAUUCAGUUUUAGCCGAAGAAGCUACCAAUGUAGAAGACCAAGAGUUCUACAUUCUUGAUGAAAGUCCUACAAUACUUUCGAAUGUAACAAUAUCAUCCAAAACCCGACUACUAGUUAGCCACUACAAAAAUAUCAGAAAAGGGAUGAGAUGUCAUGUGGCAGGCUAUAACGUUUGCAACGGCGUAAAGGCUGACAAGGGGACGAGUUUGUUGUAUUGUUGCAAGAAGCAUUGUCGAAAUAUCUUAGGUGAUAUGAAGAAUUGUGGACGGUGCGGUCACAAAUGUAGAUUUGGACAAAGAUGUUGCGGAGGCAUAUGCACCAAUGUUGGCUUUAACCCUAAGCAUUGUGGUAAAUGCAACAAAAAGUGUAAAUCCGGGGUGAAAUGUGAGUACGGAUAUUGUGGCUACGCUUGAUUUUUUAAUAUGAAACUGCUGGAGGGUUAAUGGGUAAUUUUAAGAGUGGUGUAUUUCUUAAGAAGCUGCAUAAGCAGAGAUCGUAUUCGUAUACGCAUACUUAAAUGGAUACAUUAUCAAUCGACAAUAGAUAUCUCUACGCAUACGUGCACCAUGAUUUUAUCUGUGAUAUUUAUAUAUACAUAUGUGUAUUUUGUUCUUGAUAACUUAUGCAAACUUAAAAUAUAUAUAUAUAUAUAUAUAUAUAUAUAUAUAUAUUUAAUAAUUAGUUUGGUUCUGUUUCAAAAAACAUAAUAUCCCAAGAAAAAAGCGUCGAAUGUAAUUUAUAUUCCUUAUGCAACUUUAAUUAAUUAUAGGUUAGU